AAGCUAAGUAUGUCGCGAAUUGUCUGAAAAUUGAAUGCCUUCUAGCGUUAAAUAGCAGUUUACUGAAAUAGUACCCGGCGGGGUAUAAAAGCACCACCACGGGCCUCGGAUAGUCAGUACAGCAGCAGUUCUCAGUUCAGAUAGAACAGGAAGACAACAUACAGCACACAUACAGUGACUAUGAAUAAGUGGCGUUUACUACUCUUUGCAGUAUUUUGCAUAUUUCAACCCACCUACACCGAAAAUCUGUUUAAUGGCAGAGAAAGGUGCUUGCAGCGCCCCGACUUCUACCGUCAAGAUUCACGAUUGCUGGACCACUCCAAAGCCAGACCCGAAGUCCGAGUAGAUCGAAGCUUCUCCGAAAGGAUAAACAACGACGGACUCAGGUAUUCUGAUAGGAAUAACCGCGAUGAAAAUAUACGCUCAGAGGAUCGUCGUGUACCUCCUAAUGACCGUAUACGAGUAAGCCCCUUUCGUCAACAAAUCACAGAACAUGUAGAUCAGCGUUCCUUAAGAAACACAAAACCGGAAUUACGAAAUAUCCGAGAAGAACGCGAAGAACAACGCUCAAAUACCGAAAGGGAAGUAAGGAACGUGCGGCUCACCCGCAGCUUGUCGCAAGAAAAUCGACGCAACGAAAGAGAAGACAGAACACGCAAUACAUUCUUCAGAGAUUCCCGGGUUGUGUAUGCGCCAAACAGAAGAAGUGUUGAACGGCGCUUUGACGACAUUCAGGAUCCACUUAUCCGCUCCCGACAAGGCAGAGACUUAAAUGCACGAAGAGAAUUGCGCAGCAGAUCAAGGGCUCGAGAAGAUGUUAGAGAUGAUUCAGAGAUUUCUGAUCGAUUCGUGAGGCGAGCUGACUCCAGCCGCCGCAAUAAUGAACGAUCAAUGCGCGAGUUCCAAAGUGUACCUGACAAUCGGCGCCAGAAUUUAAGAUCUGAAACUGUUAUUCGUGAAACAAAUAAUGAAAUCGGACGACAAAGGACUGCAACUACGAGCCGAAAGGAUCUCGAACGAAGAAGUGCUGUCCAAAGAGAAACUGACGAAUCUCGUGCUUUCCAAAGGGAAUCAAGAGAAAGCUCAGAUGAAGCUAGCCAAAGAAUCGUAAGGUUUGAUGACUCACGGCGACAAAUAAACGAACGACUAACGCGAGCACAACUUAUUGUAACUGAUGAGAUAAGACGCAAUAAUGCAAGAUUAGAAUUAUCACGUGAUUAUAAAGAAGAAAAGAACAGACGUUCCCCUGCUACGAUAAACCGAGCAUUUGAACGAAGAGAAUCGGCACAAAGGACUGACGAAUCUCGACAGAUCCGAAGGAAAUUAAGGGCCUAUUCAGACAGAGCUUAUGAAAGGGAAAUUGUACAAAGGAGAGAAUCUGACGCAUCUAGGGAUUCGCGAAAAGAAUCAAGGGAUAGUGGCGACAAAACUAACGCACGGUAUACAACAUCAGACGAUUCAAUUCGACAAACAAAUGAACGACGAUAUGCUCAAGCUCAACGAAAUGUUAGAUCAGAAUUUAUUCGUACUCAUGAUAACGCUGAAGUUAACCGAAGGAGUUCUCCUUUUACUAGGGAUGACACCGAACGACCGAAUGAAGCUAACGAAAACCGUUAUCUCCGAAGGGAAGCAAGGAACUCCGAUGAAGCUGAUUCCAGAUACAAUUUCCAUACUUCACGAAAUCCACGUCAGGUUGCACGGGAGAAUUCUAGGAUGGAUGUUACUCGUAGUAGUGAAGUAGUAAGCCGCAGAAUUUCUCCUGUUUCUGAAAGGAAUGUUGAUAACCGCGUAGAUUACUUGCAGAGAAGGGAUACAUCUCGUGAAAUUCGAAGGGAAACUAGAGCCCCACGAAGCGAGGACGGUUACGUUGUUCGCGCCUCGAAUCGUAGAACUAAUAAUGUGCAUAACAUUUCGGAACGAAGAGAAUCUGCUGAAACGAGCGACGUUACACGACAAUUCCGCAUAGAAUCUAGGAGGAUCUCCGACAUCAGAUUUGAAAACUUAGCUCAACGAAUCAACGAACGAUUACAAUCCCAGAAUCGUCGUGAACGUCAAAGAAGCUACACCCCAAUUUCUGACGCUGAAAAGCGCAGAUUCGUAGCUAUUGCCCGUGAUGUAGUUGAAACAAGGGAACGGGAUAACUUAGACGCACAACGCAAUUCCCGACGAGAAGUAAGAGACUUCGUACCUAUCGCUCGUGAUGUAGUAGAAAAAAAGGAACGGGAUAAUUUAGAAGCACGACGCGACUUCCGACGAGCAGCAAGAAACUUCAUACCUAUUGCUCGUGAUGUAGUUGAAAAAAGGGAACGUGAUAACUUGGACGCACGCCGCAAUUUCCGACGAGAAGUAAGAGACUUUCUGCCUAUUGCUCGGGAUGUAGUAGAAAAAAGGGAACGAGAUAACUUGGACGCACGACGUAAUUUCCAACCACAAGCUAGAGAUGUCAGGUUGGACGACAGCAGCCGACGAGACAGUGAAAUAUUUGCCCGAGUUCGACGUGAGGUACUAAGCAAGCGUAUAAGGGAUACUGAUAUUCGAGCACUUAAUGAACUUAGACAAGAUAGCCGACGUGUUGAUGAAGACAGGAGAACUGCUAGGGCAAUAAGAGAUAACAGAAGGCAAGCAAGGGAAGAAAUUGAACCAGCGAGAUAUAGCAUCCGAGACAAUGAAAGUACGAAAGAACGAUCCUUGGAUAGGACCAUUUCUAUGCCAAUUCGAAGAAUCCAGCGCGAUGAUAAGUCUAGACGUGAAAGGGGCACAUUUGACCAAAGAAUUAGAUCAUCACAAAACAAUCGCAUAUCGAAAGUGGAGCGAAUUAUGGAAGUUGACAGAAACGUUGAACAUCGUGUUAACAGGGCAAGUCAGGAUUAUCGCUUUGAAAGCCGGUUUAUAAAGAAUACUUUCGAACGAAAUAUGGAGAGAGAUAGCAGCAAAAGACUUGUCGAUGGUAACCGACAAAAAAGAGACAGUCGUGUUGCCCUUUCACGCGAUGAUCAAAAUUCUGCAAAAGACACCAGAGACCUACAGGAAGAAAUACUAUCAAUGCCGACCCACGAUGUUGAUGAGGAAGAGUCAGUAUGUUUCAAAUGGCAACAUCUGUUGUAUCUCCUGCAAGCUGUUUAUAUCGUCGGGCUUCUCGCAAAACCGCAUGCCAAGAAAAACUUCGGAAAGAAAACUGGAUUUGGAAUAUGGAGCCACUCUCCUAAGCUUAUUAAGGUGGAUUGAAGAUUUUAGACUCAAGAGUUUUAUUAUAAUAGAUAUUAAGGAUUAUUAUAUUAUUAUUAUGCUUAAAAUGUUAAUCUCAUGUUAUAAAUUGUGGAUGUUUAUGUAAUGUUUACUCUAAAUAAAAAGUGUAUAGCAUAUUUAA